AUGACGCCGAGACGUAAUACACCGAAGAAGCGGGGCUCUGUUUCUCAGUCUCACUUUCAGGACCCCGACCACCACCUCACUUUGGCCGACGCCGCGGAGGGAACCGAGGCUUUCAAGAAUCGCGUGUCUGAGAUCACGUCGUUCCGCGUAGUGUCGCGCGUACGCCCCUUUAUCAAGGAGGAGCUGGCCGAGAUGGAAGGCCAGGAGCGCCGCUCUAUCGUCGAGAUGGCGGAUACCAAGACUAUCCUGCUAGACCCGAAGGAUAACUGGGCCCCCAAGGCGCAGUUCGAGUUUGACGCCUCGCUCUGGUCGAUCCCGCCAACGCACCGUAUUGUGCACACCUUCCAGGACACGAAGCACAAGACGUACGCAACGCAGAAGGAUGUGUACAACCUCAUUGCCAAGGACCUCGUGCCGCACGUGUUCAACGGCUUCAACAGCUGCAUCCUCACAUACGGCCAAACCGGCAGCGGGAAGACAUACACUAUGAUGGGCUUGUACGACCCGAACGCCUCAUGCGGUGGCGACGGAGAGGAAGGCAUCAUCCCACGCGUGUCGAACGACAUCUUUGUUAUUCUGAAGGAACGCAUGGAGGAGGAGGCGAGGACGAGGAGUCCGCAAAGCCUGACAAAGUUCCGUGUCGAGGUGACCUUUGUCGAAAUUUAUAUGGAGCGUGUGCGUGACCUGCUCGACCCUACGCUGCGCCACACCCGCGGCAACGAGAAACUGCAGGAUGCACGCAUCCGGCAGGACCCGUACAGCGGCCCCUUUGUGGAAGGUGUCACCAAGUACGAGGUGAGUAACUGGGGGCAGUGCUGCAUUCUGCUGGAGCGCGGCUCACAGCAUCGCACAACUUGCGCGACCGCUGUACACAACCAGUCGAGUCGAAGCCAUGCCAUCUUCCAGUUGACGGUGAUACAGGAGGUGGUGGUGCCGAAUGACAACAAGUACGCCCUCCCCACCUUCAAGACCCAGGCGGGUCGUAUCAACCUGGUUGAUCUCGCAGGCUCCGAGCGCGGUGGUUUCCAGGACUACGUUAAGGAGUCGGCAGCCAUUAACACCUCGCUGCUGGCGCUACGUCGUGUCAUCGACAACCUCACGGAGCGGCAGAACAUGCUGAUGGAGAUGGCGGAGGCAGAGAUCACCGGCAAGCGCUACCAAGAGCGGCCUCUCCCCCAGGUGCCGUUCCGUGACAGUGUAUUGACAUGGUUGCUGAGCGACAGCAUUGGUGGCAACGCUCGUACGACCAUGGUAGCCACACUAAGCCCGCUAGUGAAGAACUACGUUGACACCUUGGCGACGUUGCAGUGGAGCAGUAAGGCUCGAAACCUUGUCACACUGGUGAAGAUGAACGACCAGGCAGUGGUGCAGAACGGCAUGGCCUUCCACGCCGGCGCCCUCGACAAAUCCUUGCGCAUUCAACGGCAGAAUUUGGACAGCCUUCGCGAAACACUGCGCGCAAAGCAGGAGGCAGCGCGUCAGCUGGCGCGGCAGACAAAGGCCCUGAAAACGUUGCUCAACAAGGCGCACUCGCGUGAGCUGGCGAUCAAGAAGGACCGCGCCGCCCUCAUUAUCCAGCGCACAUUCCACCGCUUCAUGUUCUACAAGAAGCUCGAGGCUUACGAGCUGCAAUUCGCGAAGCUUCGAAGUGCCGAGAAAAAUGACAACACUGACAACACAGGGUUGCAGAGGAUUCAAAAGGUGGCGGAGGUGCGAGAGCAGGCGGCGAGGGAGGAGUUGAAGGCUAUGGAGGCGCUGACGGACGAAAAGGCUGCCGCCGUGGCGAAGUACGAGAUGGACUACAACAAGCGGGCUGCGCGCCGCCGCGAGGCCGAGGAUCGUCGAGCACAGAUCUUGGAGGCGAUCAACAUCAAUGAGGUACUCCGGCAGUACGGAGAAAAGCGCUUGCAAGAGGUGGCAGAACUUCGUCGCUUGGCCGAUAUCGAAAGGGAGGAAAGGGAGUUGUCCGCACAGAAGCUGGCGGACAUGGAGAGAGUCAUCGCUGUCAGCAAAACGAUCGAGCACAAGCUGAUGGUGGUGGAGGAUCAAGUGAGGCUGGAGACGCUGCGCGAGAAACAUGAGCAAGCCCGCUCGGAGAGGUACGAGGUGCUCCGGACGCUGCAGAGCCUGAGGGAGCGCCACCGGAAGGUGACGAGGACGUGA